AUGGCCAAACUGAGAUGCACAAUUGCCCCCAGGGCGAAGUAUACAAUAGUAGGAGAAGCUAUACGGUAUGUAAUCCCUGGACAUAUGCAAUGCUCAAUCGGCUGUGGGGGUCAAGCCUGCAAGUAUGACAACCCAAGUUACUGGAGGGACGACCAACAGGCCAUAAAAGGCCUCUACUCAUCCUGGGUUAGUGACAAUCUUCUCGCCAUGUCCAGACCCUCAACGGAAAUCAUUGAGAAGUAUAACAUCAUUGAUCAGUUCAGAAGGAGUGGUAUUAAAACAGUGAUCAACCUACAGAUACCUGGUGAGCACGCCAGCUGUGGAAACCCUCUGGAGCCAGAGAGCGGCUUCUCGUACCGCCCAGAGGUCUUCAUGGAAAACAACAUAUAUUUCUACAACUUCGGCUGGAGCGACUACGGAGUGGCCAACCUCACCACUGUUCUGGACAUGGUGAAGGUCAUGGCCUUCGCGCUGCAGGAGGGAAAGAUAGCGGUCCACUGUCACGCUGGUCUCGGAAGAACAGGUGUGCUGUUAGCAAGUUUCCUGGCCUAUGCUACCAGGAUGACUGCUAACCAGGCUAUUUUAUACGUACGUGCAAAACGCCCCAACUCCAUCCAGACUCGAGGUCAGCUGCGUUGUGUCAGAGAGUUUGUCCAGUUCCUCGCCCCUUUGAGGAGCGUGUUUUCCUGCGCUGAGCCUCGAUACAGCCCGGUCACCCUGUCCCAGUACCUGAACCGCCAGAGACACAUACUGCAUGGUGUUGAGAGGAAGGAGCUGAGGCAUCUACCAAAGAUUGUCCAGCUGGUGUGCAGGCUGCUGCUGGACAUCGCAGAGAAUCGACAGGUGAUUGAGGAAGACAUUCUGGAGGCCCCUGACAUUCAUGACAUAGAGAUGACUCUCAGCAUCAUCGAGCAGAUGGGCCCCGAGGUAUUUGCGAAGGAGCCACGUUUACCAGGUACGCCCACCUUGCCAAGACAUUUCAACGAGCCGGCCAUCUUCUACCAUCGCAAAAGUCUCAGCUACAGUGAGUCCGACUUGACAAGGCUGGGCUCGCAGCUCAACCUCCUCACACAACCUCUCAGCUCCUUGUCACAGAGCAAUGCUGAAAUGUCCACUUCCCCAUCCAAGCCCACUCUCCCUGCAACCAGGAGUCAGCAUUGCAACAGCAACGCAUCGGACGUCUCACAAGGUUCAACAGGCUCAAUCUGGCAAAUGAAGGAUGCAGAAAACCAAAAAGGUGGAUCCAUCCUGCUGAGGAAAGUGAAGCAGAAACCGAUCCAACGUAGUGAGUCUGUGGGAAACAAUGAACUCAGCAAUAAGGGUAGCAAGUUGUCCAGGUGGAAGGCAGAGCAGAGGGAGGAGUUGGCCAUGAAUGGGGUGAAGUCUCAGCGUUACGAAGCGGAGCAGUCAGAGAAGUCGGAGGUGCCAUUUAUCACCCUGCAGUCAGAGUUGUCCCUGGAAGCCAGGAGGUUGCUCGUGGCACAGGCCCUGGCAGUGGACCUCUUUCUUGAUGGGGAAGAAGAGCACAAGAACAAAGUCUUGGCCUGGCAGGCAGAACUGAACCAAGGCGGCGGCUGGGAAAGGCUGUGUAUGGAGCGGGAUCCCUUCAUCCUCACUGGGCUCAUGUGGUCGUGGCUGGAGCAGCUUAAAGAGCCGGUGAUCUCCAUCCAGGGAGCCAAAGCCCUGAACCCCGACAACGCCGAUCCUCAAACUGUCCUGAACACACUUGACCAGGGUCCUAAAGAGACAUUAACAUGCAUACUAGACUGUAUGGCAAAUCUGCUGAUGAUACCAGAAGAGGUUGAAAGCACGUUCCUGAAUCGUACUUUCAAGGCUUUCACCUGGAUGGAAAAUAACUCAGAGGAAGGAAGCAAAGUGUACGACUCCGUGACUGCAGUCCUACGGUGUGUCCUCGAGGACAUGAGAUGCACGGCCAUCGAAGCGGAGAAGACGCCUGUGUCUCCUUUCUCUACAACGUACAACCCCGACUCCAAAAAAGACGGGACGCUGUGUAAAACAUAA